GCAUGAAAGGCCACCAACGUAGUUUCGCUCUGCCAGUUGUCGUCGUCGUGGUUGCCGUGGCCAUUGCCGGGCUGUGCGUGCUGUCAGGGCUGAAUGCAGCGCCUCUCGACGUGCAGUGCAACUGUGGGGACGCAGGAACGCAGCACUCAGCCGACGGCCUUCAGACCCAGACCCAGACCGGUCCCGGCUGCCAGACGCAAACCUCCGAGAAUGGCACCCAGAGCCAGAGCCAGAGUGGCAGUGGCAAUUCUAGCCAGUCCCAGACCCAGUGCACUGGCUCCGACUGCGCUCCACUCACGCCCUUUCCACCGCUGUUCACCAUGAAGCCAAUGGAGCCCCUCACGUGGAAGCCAUUGGAAUGGGGGUCACUGCAACCCAUUGCGCCGCUGAAUGGGCAGCAACAGCAACAGCAGCCCGAUGUAGCUUAAGCUCUUCAAAUGAUUGUCCGAUUCAAUAAAGGCUGGCGAGUUGAGUAGAAGCCCCAGCGUGUGGUCCAUUGGGUCCACCUCACUGA